CCGGAUCCAGAAGGAGAAAUGUCCGUUUAUAUGGAAGACAACGGUGACCCAGAGUACAAGUUGGGGAAUUCUCGGUGGUAUCCUUUAGGAAACGGCUCUUACGCCAACAAGUGCGAAGAGAUUUUGUUCAACGAAGCCGUCACGACCGCUCGCCUUCGCAUCGACUAUCUCCCCAACAACACGUUGGUCGCUGCUGCAGACUAUAUGCGUGUUAUAGGGCGACCGACAAUAUACUUUGUGGGUUUGUUCUUCAACGUGCUUUGUGUGUGUGUCCUGUUGAGGCGGGGAUUACGCAGAGUGGCCACUUGUAAUAUCAUGAUAGCUUUGGCUGUCGCUGACUGCUGUACCAUGAUCAACGGCAUCUUCUACUGGGUCGAGUACGAGCUCCUUCAUCCAGCGAUGACAGCCAGUAGAGGGCUCUGUGGUCUGACUGUAUUCACGGUGUAUUUCGCACCUGAAAUGAGUGCGUGUAUGAUAAUGUUGAUGAGCGGGGAGAGACUCCUCAGACAUAUUAACACUCCAAAACACGAGGUAUUUUUUUCAAUAAGGAAAACUCGGAUUUACAUCUUUGCGAUCGCGGUUUUCCUCAUCAUUUUGAACAUCCCUAUCCCUUUAUUUGAUAUUUAUUUCUUUGAGUGUGGGCGGCAGAUAUGCUGGAAUAUCUACCACGAUUCUCCAGAACUCCUGAAAAUACACAAUGAUAAUUCAGGCGAUGUCGCAGAUUACUAUUCGGCAUACAAAUGGGUGGCUCUAUCGAUAUAUUGGAUCAUUCCUUUUUUCGGCUUGCCAAUCAUUAACACCAGGCUAGUGUGUGCCGUCUGGAAAGAUAAUAAGAAGAAAGGGUCGCAAGUACCGGAACCCUCCAUACCAACCCCAGACUCCGGUGUAUAUAGAGACUGGCAAGUCGAAGAACAGAAGAGCGUCACUAGAAUGCUCAUCUCCGUUACAGUGGCAUACUGGAUCAUGACAACGGGAUUCAACAUGAUUCAGGCUAAUAUUAUCAAAAUAUAUGGGUCUACUACCGAUUACGAGAGAGCAAAGUUUUCUAUGAUUUACACAGUUUUCAUACUAUUAUUUUACAUGAAUCAUGCCUCGAAUUUCUUUCUUUACUGCUUGAGUGCCCGCCCAUACAGGGAAGAAUUAAAAGCAAUGUGGCUUGAUGCCAAAGAAUUAAUUUACAUAAAAAUUUGGAUAAAGAUGAAGGAAGCUAGAAGGUCCCACGUGCGCAGAAGUACCUCUUCUUAUGGCAGCAUGCCUCACCUCGCCGCCAAUCAGGAUGUGUGACGUACAUGGUACAUAGCCUUCGUAACUUUCACUUUUCAUGCUGUUAUAGUAACAAAAACGACAUUGUGUGGAAUUUGCUUUUUAUUACCUAGUUCGUUUUCCUAUUUAAUGACUCGUAGUAAAAACCAAUUGUGUUUGAUAUACUAACCAGAUAUAAAAUAUAUCUAACACUG